UGGUCACAGAGAGGAAGUAAGGACUGGUGUCAGGAGGCAGCUGCUGGGUGUCAAAGGGAAGAGCCCUCAGGAUAGAACUGUUUUAUCUGUGCACCCAUUCUCCAAGGAUGAACAGUUGUCAUGCUACAAAGUCCUGUGUGCUUAUCCUUCUUAUGGCCCUACUGAGUGCCCAAAGAGCUCAGGGGCUGGAGUGCUAUCAUUGUGAGGGUGUCCCAUUUGAGGCUUCUUGCUCAUCAACAAGGACCUGCCCCUACCCUGAUGCAUUCUGUGUGACUCAGGUGGGAGAAGUUCCUGUGGGCUCUACCACAAAGAAAAUGAAGAGCCAACAAUGCCUUUCAUUCUGCCCUAUUGAUACUGAAAAUAAGAGGAAACUGGCUGCUCCUGUCAACAUGAAGAUCUCCUGUUGCAAGGAAGACCUCUGCAAUGCAGCUGUUCCCACUGGAGGCAGCACCUGGACCAUGGCAGGGAUGCUUCUGUUCAGCCUGGGCUCAGUCCUCCUGCAGACCUUGCUGUGAUGGUCCUUCCACCAACCCCCACCCCGUCCUUUAUCCUCCUGUGUAAUCACUCCUUCCUGGAGGCCUCUAGUGAUGAAUCAUGAGUUAUCGAAUCUUCGAGGUGGGGAGAAGGUGUGGAACACCUUGUUUCCACUUCAUAGAUCCUUUAUAGCUGGGAAGGUUCCCCACUUCUCUCUAGGGCUUUCAGAUCUGUACUUCCUGGAAUGCCAUUUUGUUGUGGUUUGCUACUCUUGGCCCUGGAAACAUGCUGACAGCACAAGGAAGAGGCUGAAUUUCAAGGUAUUGCAACAUCAGUGUCCACACAUAAAUAUCUGGGGUCCUACUGGAUUCCCAGGUGUGCAGAUCAAUGUCCCGCUGUUGAGUCCAAUAAACCAUUUG